AUGGGUUUGCCGCUUCUGACGAUAGCGGCUGUGGCUGUUGCCCUCCGUCUGCUGUGGACGCUGGUUUCCAGAUGGCAGCACGCGCAAAAUGCCCGCCGACUAGGCUGUGGUUCAAUCCCUCUUUAUCCUAGUGAUCCUCUAGGUAUCAGUGUUCUCAAAGAGGCUUUGGCAGCAGAUAAGGCGAAAAAGCUUCUACCAAUGGUUGAGCGCCGAGUCGCGCUCAUGAGCGACCGCGAGGGCCGAUAUGUUACGACCUUCCGGUUUAGGCAAAUGGGACGUGAGAAUUAUUUCACAACGGAUCCGAAAAACAUCCAAGCCAUUCUGGCCACUCAAUUCAAGGACUUUGAGCUGGGCGCUCCUCGACGGCAAGCUCUACACCCCCUUCUGGGGGCUGGCAUUUUCAGUUCCGAUGGCGAGGAGUGGUCUCACGCCAGAGGUCUGCUCCGUCCUCAGUUCACGCGUGAUCAGAUCAGUGAUCUUGACCUGGAAGAACGGCAUGUGCUGAAGGCGAUGCAGGCGAUGCCUGUCGUCAACGGGAAGUGGACCGACGCAGUGGACGUCCAGUCCAUCUUCUUCCGUCUCACUAUCGACUCUGCGACCGAAUUUCUCUUUGGCGAGAGUGUUGAGAGCCAGCUCUCGGCCUUGAAGGGCGGCCAGACUCCCGAGGACAAAUUCCCGUACUAUUUUGACAAGUCGCAAUGGUACGCGGCCCAACGGGCCCGCUUCGAGAAACUGUACUGGAUCGUGAACAACAAGGAGUGUCGCCACGCGGAGAACGAGGUGCACGCGUACGUGGACCGCGUCGUGCACAAAGCGCUCAAAGCCGCCCGCGAAGGCAAGCUGCCCGACCCGGAAAAAUCGUCCCAAUACGUCUUCCUUCACGCUCUGGUUUCUGUGACUCAGGACCCGAUCGAACUGCGCUCGCAGCUGCUAAACAUCCUCCUCGCUGGGCGGGAUACCACCGCGUCCCUGCUCAGCUGGACAGUGCUGAUGCUCGCGCGCCACCCGGCCGAGUUCCAGAAGCUCCGACAGACCAUCGUCGACGAAUUCGGGACUUACAACCAACCCCGCAAUAUCACCUUCGCCGCCCUCAAGUCCUGCCAAUACCUGCAAUACUGUCUGAACGAGACCCUGCGUCUGUUCCCCGUGGUCCCCGGCAACCGCCGCAGCGCGACGAGGGAUACCACCCUCCCCCGCGGCGGAGGCAGCGACGGCACCCAGCCCAUCUACGUGCGCAAGGGCCAGCCCGUCGUCUACAAUGUGCACAUCCUGCACCGGCGCAAGGACAUCUGGGGCCCUGACGCCGAGGAGUUCAAGCCAAGCCGGUGGAUCGAUCGCAAGGUAGGCUGGGAUUAUGUCCCGUUCAACGGCGGGCCGCGCAUCUGCAUCGGGCAGCAGUUUGCCCUCACCGAAGCGGGAUACGUUCUGGUCCGGUUGCUGCAGCGCUUCGACGCAAUUGAGGAUGUGCAGCCGCAUCUGGAGAUCCGGCAUUCUCUGAAUCUGACCAGUGCGCCGGCGGAUAAUGUCACUGUCCGGCUGCGUGAGGCGGCAUAA